AUGUUUCCUCUCCGUUUCCUUUUCUUGUGUUCCUCUUCCUUCACUCUCGCAGCCUCCCCCCUUUCCUCCGUCGCGCCUGUGUCUCCUCCGAGCUGUUUCUCUUCUUUCCUACCAACUUGGCUCUUCCCCCUGUCAGCGUCGUCCUGGGCUCGGCGCGUCACAGGGCUCGCCGCUCCCCACGGAAGGAACUUCAGGCUGGACGAAGUGUCUCCUCUGACGGAGACACUCCUGCUUCGCGGCCUCUCGGUUCCACAGUGUCUCCGCGGUUCGCGCGCCUGGAGCCCCCCACUCGCACUGUCUCUAACAGCCCAAGCAACCAUGAGGAGUUCCAGGUCCGCUGGCGCAGCUGCCGACGGUGUACUGCGGGCAGUGAGUCCACCGUUGGGCGUCGAGUCCUUCGCGAAACAGUCCUGUGCGCCGACCUCCAGAGGCGCGUCCACGGCUGUCUCCUUCCUCUCAUCGUCCCCUCCUCACACUCCUCCCUCGCCUCCAGGCUCGCCCCGCCGCUUUUGUUUGGAAGGCGGCGGAAACAGCCAUGAAGUGGACGGAGGACGAUCCCCGAUCGCCUCAGCUGUCUCCCUCGCCGCGCGCGGUGACGAGUCUGAGAGGCCAGUGUCUGUUGAGUACCGCCCGACGCGGCUGCCCGCCGCGCGUCAAAAAGCGAAGAGGCCCUCGCAGUGGCCGUCGUGCCUGCUCUCUCGAGCGGUGGAUCUCGCGUUUGAAGAGGUGAUACCUGGACCGUCUUCUUCCUGGGAAGGGAGUGAAAAGCGAGCCUCCCUGGUUGUCGUCUUGCAUGGGAUGUUUAGAGGCAAAGAGGACAUGCGCGACCUGUGCAGGCGACUCCACGCAGACCGAGUCCUCGCUGUCGAUCUGCGGAACCACGGAGCUUCGCCUUCCACCUCUUCCAUGUUCCUUCAGGACAUGGCCGCCGACGUCAUCGCCCUCAUUCAGCGAGAAAAGAGGAUCGCGGUCAAGCCUCCAACGAGCAGGGAACAUACACGAGAUACCAAGGAAGAAGAAGAACUUGCAGAAGCGACAGGCGGGGAGCGGCGACGAGGUCGAAAAGAGGAAAGAGAACAGGGAAGACAGGGAGACGGAGAACGAGGAAAACGAGAAGACCAAGAAGGUAGAUCGAAAGAACUAGCGGGGGAGACUUGUAACGGGUAUGGCCUUUCUGGCGGAGACAUGCGUCUUCUUGGUCGAGACCUCGAAUCACGACCAUCUUUGGUAUCAGACGACUCGGGAUGGAACUCAAGGCCUCCCUCCUCCGAUGGCCUUGUCCCCGGGUGCUGCUGCCUGGUCGGGCACAGCCUCGGCGGCCAAGUGGCGAUGGCCGCCGCGCUUCGGGCGCCGCAAGGCCUCAUUCAGAGCGUUGUGGCUCUCGACAUCUCCCCCGUUAAUUACUACAGAUGGCCGUUGCCUCGCGCAGGCUCUGUCGACAUCCGUGAACUCGUUGAACUGGCUGCUGCUCUCCCGACAGAGGCUGUGCCCGACGGCAAGCGCGGAGUCGUUCGAGCUUUGGAGGAAAGGGAGCCUCCACUCCGACAUGGUGGCGCGGACUCUCUCCUCGUGCUCUUGGAAGAAGAAGGAAACGCGUUAGGAGACGAGGAAAAAGACAAGGAAACGAGAGGCGAAGGAGAAGAAGAGCGAGCGGCUCGCAGCCACGAUGCAGCGACACGAAAAGCAGGAAUGGCAGGACUGUGGCCCGCGAGGCCGGCAGAAGAAGAGAGGCAGAAAGGGAGGAUGGCAGAACGAGAGGGAGAUAAGGAAGAGCGGGAGUCUGAUCGAUAUGGAUCUCAUGCACAAACGUCAGAGAGCGGGGUGCGAGGUGUUGAGAAACCGGUGCCCAGGAAAAAUUUAAAAUGGAAAAUGAACAUCCAGGUCAUUCGAGACAGCUUUCGCAACGAGACACUCAAGUGGGAUCUACCUGCCGCUCUCCCAGCAUCUGCUUCCACGACUGGGGCUUCUCCGUUUUCCUCUUCUGCCCUUUCGUCUUUUCGUCCAUUCUCUCCUUGCUGUUCUGCCACUGCUUCUUCCCCUCAAGCCUCUUCUCCCUUUUCUUCUUCCCCUCUCGCCACCUCCUCUUCUGCGGCUGACAGUUCCCCGACAUCGCGUGCAGCGCAUGCGUCGGUCGCGGUAUUCCAGGAGGCGCCGACGGCGUUUCUGGGUCCUGCGUUGAUUGUGCGGGGUCUGGCCUCUCCGUGGGUGGAUGUCGAGCGGCACUGGCCUUCAGUGAAAAAUUACUUUCCUCACGCACACAGCCUCGUCGUCGAGGCAGGGCAUGCCGUUCACAUCGAUCAGCCUGCGUUGACGGCCGCGGCGAUAAACGACCUUCUGAAAGUCGUUUUGAAUCAGCGGGAGGCUUCGAAGAGCCUUUGCAGGGAUGGCAGAUAGGCCGAGCGUUGCGAAAGGCCUCACUCGAGAACCAACGUUAUCCGUUUACGAACUCCACCAUCUUUGAGGGAGGUUCUACACUCCAGAAAAAUCGCUGUGCCUCCCCAA